UGUUUGAGAAGCUAAUAAACACAUCCGUUUGGUUUUGUUGAGAUUUGAACUUACAUUUGAAGAAGCACUUAGUUGUGCUCAGUUUUUGAAAGUCAUCGACGGAUUUUGCUGAAAGAAACUAAACAUAAAACAGGGAUGAUAAAGUUAAUUUUGAUUGUUCUGUUCCAAUGCGGGUAUCACUUGGUGGCAAGUGAUGGCAAUGGAUUGGGACUGACACCUGUGAUGGGAUUCAUGAACUGGGAGAGAUUCAGAUGUCAAACGGAUUGCGUGAACUUUCCUAAUGAGUGCAUAAAUGAGAAUUUGUUCAUGACGAUGGCGGAUGCGAUGGUCACUUUUGGCUUGAAGGAUGCCGGCUACACCUAUCUCUCUAUAGACGAUUGCUGGCUCAUGAAGAACAGAAGCGCAGAUGGCCAGCUGGUAGCCGAUCCGGAUAGGUUUCCCAGUGGAAUGAAAGCGCUUGCCGACUAUAUGCACGAGAGAGGACUCAAACUGGGAAUUUACGAAGACGUUGGCUACAAAACAUGCGCUGGUUAUCCGGGUAGCAAAGGACAUAUAGAGACAGAUGCUCAGACAUUUGCAUCGUGGGGAAUUGACAUGCUCAAGUUCGACGGGUGCUAUAUUGAUCCCUUGACCUCUGGACCAGGUUACAAGGAAAUGGGAAAAGCAUUGAAUAAUACUGGCAGGGAUAUUUUGUACCUCUGCGAAUGGCCCCUCUAUGAUCCAGUGGCUGAUUACGCCGAAGUAGCGGAGACUUGCAACUUCUUCAGGAACUACGACGACGUGCAAGACAGUUGGGAUAGCCUUUUUGGAAUCAUUAAACACUACGCAAACAAUCAGAACAAAUUUGCCAAACACAGUGGACCUGGACAUUUCCUCGACCCUGAUGAGUUGCUUGUGGGCAACUCUGGGACUUCUUUUGGACAACAGAAGAUCCAGAUGGCAAUGUGGUGCAUGUGGAGUGCCCCUUUGCUGGUAUCUUCUGACCUCCGAUUCAUAAGUGAUGCUGCACUGAGUCUUCUUCUGAAUCGAUACCUCAUCCGGAUCAAUCAGGACCCCCUGGGCGACUUCGCAAAGCAAGUUAUCAGUGAUUCCAAUGGUGCUAUUCAAGUCUGGCUCAAAAAAUUAGGAGACGCUACUUUCGGAACAUACGCGAUCUGUAACUUCCACGCGAAAUCAGAUGAUCAGACUGUUUUACUGAGCUACAGCUUGAAGGAUUUGGGAGUCAAGGAACCCGAGAGUGGUGAAACGUUUACCCUGAUUGACGCUUUUACAGGGACAAAUUUUGGAGAUGGCCCUGUAUCGUGGGAUGACAAAAUCGAUCUGUAUGUUCCAGAUUUUGAUGCGGUUGUUCUUAUUGUAAAACUACAACAAAAACUGAAUUCUCCAAUGAGGGUUUCGCAAAAAAUUGAGGAAUGGUUUAAGCCGGAGGUUGUUUGGAAUCGACGUUAACCAAAAUUAGCUGGAACAAAAAAAAAAUCGUCAGAUUUUUAAUCAAAAAAUUCGUUUCUCGAAAAACUGUAAAAAUACAUUCAUUAAAUUUCUAUCAGAAAAAGUUUUGCAAUUAUAAACAAACUAUGCCAAAUGAUAAGAUA